AUGGCAGAGUAUGAUUUGACUAAGACUAUAAGUCAGUGUUUGGACCGGCACCUUGUCGUCCCAUUGCUUGAAUACCAGUCUGUUAAAUCAAUUUACGAUCAAGAUACUGUAACGAAAUGUAAAUUGGAUCUCCUAAUGCAAACCUCUAUGGUUGAUUUUACUCUCCUCACCUACAAACUUCUUCAUAAAACUGAGGAAGUUCCUAAGGAACUCACUCAAAAGCGUGAUGAGACACUUAAUCGCAUUUCCGAAAUAGAGAAAAAGAUGGCUCCGAUCGAUAAAAUCUUUAGUACUGAGACAAUGAAGGAAAUGGUACAGUGUAAGGUUGCCAAGGACCUUUUUCGCAAUUUAGAAGAGAAGUAUGGAUUUAAACCUGAGAUGUUGGAUGAUAUGCUUGAGGCUGCAAGGGUUUUUUAUGACAGCGGUCUUUACGAUACUGCCUCAGAUUAUUUGCGUAUCAUUCGCCAAUUGGUUAGCCCCAAAGACAAAAGACAUCUAAAUGCUUGUUGGGGUCGCUUAGCUGCAGAGAUCCUUGUACAAAACUGGGAUGAAGCUUUAGAUGAUGUCGAAAAACUUAAGGAGGCUAUUGAUUGUCAGAGUGAGGAAAAGGUACGUUACAAUUCUCCUCUAGUUCAACAAAAGGCAUCUUCCGAUACCUACUUGGUCCAACUUCAGCAAAGAACUUGGCUUCUCCAUUGGUCACUUUUCGUGUUUUUCAACCACAUUCAAGGAAAGGAGAAACUCAUUGAUUUCUUCCUUAACAACCCCAAUCACCUGAAUGCUAUUCAAACCGUAGCGCCACAUCUUUUGCGCUACCUGGCCACGUGUGUUGUCGUUAGUAACGAUAAGAAAAAGAAAAGUUACUUGCAAUCUGUUGUUCAUCUUAUUCAACAGGAAUCCUAUCGCUAUAAGGAUCCAAUUACUGAGUUUUUGGAGUGCCUUUAUAUCAAAUUUGAUUUUGAUGGUGCUCAACAACAACUGAAAAUCUGUGAAACGGUCAUCCCGAAUGACUUUUUCCUGACGGGUUGCUAUGAGGACUUCAUGGAGAGCGCUCGAUUGUUGAUGUUCGAGACAUUUUGUCGCAUUCACAACUGCGUUGGAAUCUCAAUGUUAGCUGAGAAACUUAACAUGAAGGUUGAGGAUGCUGAAAGCUGGAUUGUUAAUUUGAUUCGAAAUGCUGACAUGGAUGCAAAAAUUGAUUCCAAAAAGGGGUUGGUGUUUAUGGGUACUCAGACUGUGUCUCCCUAUCAACAGGUGAUUGAAAAGACAUGCAAUGGAGCCUUUACUGCUCACAAACUUCUAGAUCGACUUAAAUCUGCUAAAUUGGAUGCUGAAACAUGGAAUUCUGUAUCACGAACCUAA